AUGACAACGUUCCUGUCAUAUGCAAAGUCAUGCUCUGAUUGUCAUGCAACAGCUGGUGUAUGCAGCUCAAAAGGAGACUUUGUGACAUGCAGCUGCACCUCUGGAUAUAUUGGGAAUGGUGUGAACUGCACUGCAAUUUCCUCCUGCAGUACAGAGAGCUGCUGCCCUGCAGGAUAUUACUGGGAUAACAGAGUAGGGUAUAAAGUAUGCACGGAUAUCAACGAAUGUGCUAAUAGCACCUUGAACAAAUGUAUCCCUUCAUCCACCUGUAUAAACAGGAAUGGCAUCCACUUGUGUAGUACUAGCCGGUCCAUUGCCUGCACUUCUAGUGUUUGUCCCUUUGACCAGGAUUGCCUGAAUGUUGGAGGAACUGUUCAGUGUGCAGAUCCUUGUUCCAACUACCAGACACUGAAUGGAACAACUAGAUUAUCCACAAUUGACUCUACCGGCGUAUUCGCCACCGACCGAUACAACUUUGGUUGGUUCCGUUACACUGGAAGUGCCGGUUUAAGAAUGCAGGAAGGAUGUGUUGGCAUACUGAAAUGUGGGUCCCUUGAGCCUUUCUCUCUGAAUGGAAGCCAUCCAGCCGUUGGAGAAGGAGUGAAGAUGGUUCCUCUCACAAUCAACUCAUUAACAGGUUGUGUGACUGGUGCAAGUAUUCCCGUGAAAGCUUGUCCUGGGAAUUUCUUUAUCUACAAGUUUACAGGGUCCGUGAAGAUUGAUGUCUUUUGCACAGAUCCCUUAUUUACAGAAACAUCUGUGAUUCCCACCAUUUCCACAACUACAACCACACCCACCACCACAUCAACAACUACUACUACUCCAACAACCACUACCACCACCCCAACUACUACUACUACCACUCCAACAACUACCACUACCACCCCAACAACUACUACUACU